AUGGUCAACAAUGAGUACAGAAAAGCUAGGAAGUUUGAGAGUGGACUUCGAGGGCCAAUACAAGACCAGGUUAAUUUGCUCAACAUGCUGACGUAUGCUGGAGUGUUAGAUAAAGCCAUCCUUGCAGAAACCAACCUGAACAGAAGUCAAAGUUUGGGGAAGAAUCAGAGGAAGAGGCAUACCUAUGACAAUCGCGAAGAAGAGGCAGACCUGAAUGACGCCGAAGAGAAGACAAAGGAGGAUAGUCCCAACAACGUGAAUCAGGAAGGUGGCACCUGGCCGACAUGUGCAAGUUGCGGGAAGCGACAUUUAGGAGCUUGUCAUCGGACAACCGGAGCAUGUUUCGGAUGUGGUGAGAUAGGUCAUCGUAUUAAGGAUUGUCCCAAGGUAAAAGCUAAGGAUGAUAAGAAGAGAUAG